GGAAAGUUUGGACCCAGUUGUAAGUUGAACUGUGAAUAUCCAAAUUAUGGAAAACGGUGUCUUGAAGGAUACUGUAACUGUUCAAGAGAUGCAUGUGAUCCGGCAAUUGGAUGCAGAGAAGUAACAACUUCUGUACAGAAAACUAGUCCACAAGACUCUGCAUCACUUACCUCAUCAUCAAGGAAAGUAACAACAAAAUCAGUAACUAUUAUAACUAUGGUGUACAAAAAUGACGACCAGUCAACGAGGUAUGGUAUAUGGAAUGACAGAAACAAAUCGAAGAGGUUUGUAACAAGCAAAAAGAAAAUGGACUCAGAAGUUAUCAAAGACACACAGAAGGCUGAAGAUUCCCAAGACAUUUCUCUGAACAUCAUUAUCAUGUCUGUCAUCGGUGGGUUAGUCAUACUGUUGCUCAUCAUUGUGAUCAUUGCACUGAUAAGAGGAAAACGGAAAGUAAAGGUUGAGAAACGAGAUUCUAUAGUGAGCAGUAGAGGAAAUGACAAUACCUACUGCGAAAUAAACGAUUUAAGAAUUCCUUCCACGUCACAAGAUUGCAGAAGGAGCGAUAUGGGAAAAUAUGAACUAAUUGACCAGUCAGAAGAGGAUAGGAAAAGAUAUCCCUCACUCCCAAUGAAUUGCAGGUCAGCCAAUAAUAGGAAAAGUGACGUAAGAAAGUAUGAACUAAUCAAGCACUCGGAUAAGGAAAGAACGAAAUAUUCUACUCUGCCCCCCAAAAGCAUGUCUGCAUCAAACAGAGAUAGUUAUAUAACCCCAGUGCCUGUCGCAAUUGAAAUUACAGAAACCGUUGAAGAGGACUUUCCAAUAUUUGAAGAAACAAAACAGGGAGUUUCAGAAUCCCCUGUCUUGUUAAGAAAGGCUAGCAAUAACCGUAAUCCCAAUCUGUUAGCUGUUUCAGAUCCCUUUGCAGCAUCCAAAAAUGUUAGUGGGUACAUUGACAUGAACAAAGGUGGAUGUUCCGAUGGAGGAUCAACUAAACUGUAA